CCACCCACCCAUCCACCACCCAUCUCUCGAUCCAACACGGCACACGGCCACGCCGCGCGGCUGCGGAGCAGCGGAGGCGGGCGCACUGGCACGGGCUCCGCCCGCACGAUGCGGCGCCGUACUCCCGUGGCCUCGUGCCGUUCCAUCGCGCCCCCCUUCCUUCCCUUCCCUCAUCCAUCCGCCGCGCGCCGCGAGUCCGCGACUCUGCGACAAACCCCGCAAAACCACCGCACCGCUCCGCCCGCCCACGCGGCCGCAGCGGUGGGCGAUGCCCUCCCCAGCCGGUCAUUUCACCGCGGGGGCGCGGCCCACGCCCGCGGCCCACCACCGCACCGCACCGCCUCCUCCUCCUCCUUUUAUGACCGGUUCCCCACCUCCGCCUCCGUUCCGCAUCUCCACCACCACCACCAAACCCUAGCCGCCGCCGCCGCAGCUGACCGGCCAUGUCUUCCUCGUCCUCCGACGCGGCCAGGGACGACGUCGUCUCAUCUCCCGACCUGCCCCCUCUGGCGGCGCCCGUCGCCGCGGCGGCGGCUGCGGCCGCGGCAGCCGCCUCCUCGGGGGGAGGCUUAGGGCUCGGGGGCGGGGGCUCCGGCCGGAGGCUGCCGCCGCCGUGCUGGACGCACGAGGAGACCCUCGCGCUCAUCGAGGCGUACCGCGACAGGUGGGAGCGGCUGCGGAAGGGCAACCUGCGGGCCGCGGACUGGGACGACGUGGCCAACACCGUCACCGCGCGCUGCGGGCGGUUCCCCACCGCCACGCACAAGUCCGGCGUGCAGUGCCGCCACAAGAUCGAGAAGCUUCGGAAGCGAUACCGCGCUGAGCGGUCGCGCUCCGCGGGGCGGUCCAAGGGGCCCAAGUGGCCGUUCUUCCCGCUCCUCCACGACCUCGCCGGCGGCGGCGUGCCGGACCCGAGCCCCAACGCCAUCGUCAAGAUCAAGACCAAGGGCCCCGCCCCGCCGGGGUCCCCGCCGUCCCCCGUGUCGUCCCCUUCCUCCUCCGAGGAGGGUGUGCGGAGCAGGAGCCUGCACGGGCUCAUCUCCAACGGCGGGGCCGGGAGCGGGCUGCGCUUCACCAUCCCCAAGGCCUCCCGCACGAAGCCCGCCGCCGUGGCAGCUGUGAAGCCGGAGAGGAGCGGCGGCGUCGAGGACGACGCCGAGUCAGAGGCCAUGGCGGAGGUGGCUGCCGCACUGCGGGCGGUCGGGGAGGGGUUCCUGCGUAUGGAGGAGCGCAGGCUGGAGCUCUCGCUGCAGAUGGAGAAGGAGCGGAUGGAGUCGGAGAUGAAGCGCACCCAGACGAUGCUCGACGCCCAGCAGCUCUUCCUCGAGGCCUUCCUCGGUAAGCAGCAGCAGCAGCAGCAGCACAAGAAGGCCAGGGUCUCCCCUCCCUCUGACGCAAUGGAAGAGGACUGAUCGAUCGUCCGGCUGCUCUAGUCCUGCUCUGUGAACUUUGUGUGCAUGCUUGCUCGCUCGCUCGCUCUGUGUUAACUACUGUUCAUGCUAGUAGUUGUUGACUUUGAUGUUAGUAGCAAUUUAAUCUUAUUGUGUAUGGAUGGUAAAUUGAACUGAACAAGGGGGUUUGGGGCAAAGGAUGUAGGUGUAGGGAUAUGGCAAGGGGGAAGGACGAGGUUUUAAUUAGAAAUUAGAAAAGUCUCAGUUGUAAUCAGUGAAUUACUCGUGUUAUGAAUUAUGAACUUAUGAUGAGCUGCUGCUGCUGUUAUACUGAAACACUGCAGCUUGUUCAAAUGGCAUCUGCUCGUUGUCA